AUGUCCGUCGCAAUUGAUUCAGUAAAAUCUUAUAUUAAUCAAUUUAUUCAAAACUUUGAUUAUACUGAUGCUAUUUUUCUUGCUGAACGCCUUUAUGCAGAAAUAAAAAAUGAUGAAUCAAUUUAUUUAUUAGCUCGUACUUAUUAUCUAAGUGGUGAUAUCAAUAAAUCCUAUUGGUUAUUACGUAACUCGUCAAUUGAACAUGUACCUUCAGCUAAACUUCUUUUAGCGAAAUGUUGUUUUGAUACAGAUAAACUUCAUGAAGCUGAAGCUAUACUUGUUGGUAAUUGUUCAUCAAUAAAUACACUUGGAUUAGAUGAUUUUAUUAAUGAUCAUGGUGAUCAAGGUGCAUUUGCAUUGCAAUUAUUAGCAAAAGUUUGCGAAAAAUCAGAUCGUCAUCAAAAAGCAAGUGAAUGUUAUAGAAAAUCAUUAAAAUUAAAUCCAUUUCUAUGGUCAUCUUUUGAAGCUUUAUGUCGACUUGGUGAACGUGUCGAUACAAGUGUAUUUUGCUCAUCUGCAAUUAAAUCUAAUCGAUCAAUAUCUGAACAUAAUCAAUCACAAAGUUGUCUCACACCUUAUACAGAACCAAUCAAAGAUAUUCCAAGUGAAAAUCAAGUUAUUGAAAAUACAAUCAAUAUAAGUUCAAACCUUCCUAUAAAAGAACGAUCUCAACAACGUUUAUCACAAGCUCCAGCAACUAUUAUGAAACUAACAGAUUCCAUUCUAAAUGUUGGUUCAACGAAUAUUUCUGGUGUCAUAACAUCAACACCAAUUGGUUUACUUUCUGAACAAUUACAAGAUAAUGAUAAAUAUACUCCACCAACUAUAAAACCACCUGAUUAUAUACCCACAUUACGUAAUCCACCAUUAGCACCCAAACGACAAAAUACCCGAAUGAUACAACAGUAUGGAUUUGAUGAUACGAUGACACCCACAUCAACAGCAACAAUUUUACAUAGACAUGAAAUUGCAUCAACAUCUAUAAGUGAUACGCGGAAAACAACUAGUACACGAAAAGAAAAUAAAUCAAUUCGUUCAACAACAAAACGCAAUACACGUGUAACGAAAACACGUCCACCAUGUACAGAUAUGAGUAUAACACCAGUACCAUCAUCUGAAUCUCCAAAUAAAAUGACAACACGAUCACAAGUACGAUCAAGUAAUACAAAUUUAAAUUGUUCUAUUGAUACAGAAAUAAUAAAUAAACGUGAACGACAGAGAAAAAGUCAAUCAAAUCAACGAACACCUGAAUUAGUUGAAAAUAUAAUCAAUGUAUUUAAAUUACUUGGUCAAGGUCUUCAACAUCUAUCUCAAUUUGAAUGUCGACAAGCAAUUGAAUUAUUUGAAACAAUAUCAUUAAAACAUCUUCAUACACCAUGGGUACUAUCACAUUUAGCUAAUUGUUAUUAUCAUUUACAUGAUUAUCAAAAAUCAGCAUUUAUCUAUCGAGAAUUACGUACAAAAUUUCCAUAUCAUGUCGAUGGUUUAGAAUAUUAUAGUACAGUUCUUUGGCAUUUAAAAGAUGAUAUUGCACUAGCGACAUUAGCACAUGAAUUAACUGAAACUGAUCGAAAACAUCCAGCUAGUUGGUGUGCAUCCGGAAAUUGUCUUAGUCUAAAUCAUGAAUAUGAUAAAGCUAUUCAAGCAUUUAAACGUGCAAUUCAAUUGGCACCAGAAUCUGAUUAUGCAUAUACAUUAUUAGGCAAUGAAUAUUCAUUAGUUGAUGAACUUGAACGAGCUAUGGCAUGUUUUCGUAAAGCUAUUCAAUUGAAUUCAAGAAGUUAUAAAGCAUGGAAUGGUGUAGCGAUGGUUUAUUUAAAACAAGAAAAAUUUCAAUCAGCUGAAUUUCAUUUUACAAAAGCAACAAAUAUAUUUCGUACGAAUCCAGAUCUUAUUUGUCAUUUAGCAGUGGCUCAACAUAAAUGUAAUCGAUCUGAAGGUGCAUUAGCAUUACUUAAUGAUGCACUUAAAAUUGAUUCAAAAAAUGCUCUUUGUAAAUUUCAUAAAGCUGGUCUUUUAUUGCAUCUUGAACGGUAUCAUGAAGCUUUAACAGAACUUGAACAAUUAAGACAAAUAGCACCUAAAGAAUCGCUGGUUUAUUAUUUACUGAGUAAAGUACAUCGACAUUUGAAAAAUUUCCAUUACUCAUAUAUGUACAUGUCAUGGUGUAUGGAUCUUGACCCAAAGGGUGCUAAUAAUCAAUUAAAAGAAAAUGCCGAUAAACUCUAUUCAAAAGAUGAAGAUCUUCUACUUGGUAUGGAAGAUUUAGCAUCAUCUGUUACUGAAGAUGAUCAGAGUCAAAUGCAAUCACAAAGUUCUCUUCAAGACAUACAACCAAUGGAUUCAAUUCUGAGUUGUAUUAGUGGUGUAGUUGUUCAAUUUAAAUUACGACAAGUACCAAGAUUCUAUACACCAUUAAAUGAUAAAAUAUAUUUAGCAAGUUCAUAUAAUCAAUGGAGUCCAAAUGAUAAACAAUUUGAGUUUGAUAGUGCAACAAAUACAUUAAUUGUUGACUUUAAAAAUACGGCGAAUGUUGAAUUUAAACUAACACGAGGAAGUUGGUCAACAGCAGAAACUUGGCUUGAUGGAACAAUGAGAGCAAAUAGAAAAAUAGCAUUGUCGAAUAGUCCUCAAUCGAUUGAUAUAUCAGUCGAGCAAUGGUCCGAUACAUUCGGUCGUGUUCAUACAGCUUCAAACCAAGUUUACAUCUUAGAUACAAAUUUUUCUAUGUGGAAUUAUUUUCCUCGUACACGUCGUAUUUGGAUUUAUCUUCCUCGUAGUUAUUCAACUGAUUUAAAUCGACGUUAUCCAGUUGUUUAUGCUCAUGAUGGUCAAAACUUAUUCGAUGUUAGCACAUCAUUUUCUGGUGAAUGGGGUAUUGAUGAAAGUCUUGACACACUUUCUCAAGAGUUAAUUGUUAUUGGUAUUGAUAAUGGUGGUUCAGAACGUAUUAAUGAGUUAACACCAUUUUCAAAUACAAAUUAUGGUGGUGGUCAAGCUGAUAACUAUUUAAAUUUUAUUGUAGAAAAACUUCGACCAUAUAUAAAUAGUCAUUUUCGUACAAAACCUGAACGUGAAAAUACUGCAAUAUUAGGCAGUUCACUUGGUGGUCUUUGUAGUUUUUAUGCUGCUGUACGGCAUGAAGAUAUAUUUGGAUUAAUUGGAGUUUUUAGUCCAUCAUUUUGGUUUACAAAUGAUAUUUACACAUAUGUUCAAAAUCAUCGUUUCAAAAAUUCACCACCUAGACUUUAUUUUGUUGGAGGUCAAUUAGAAAGUUCGACAAUGAUUAGUGAUAUUCAACGAAUGGUUAAUUUAUUAAAAAAUACAACAAAAGAAUAUAGAGAUGAUAAGAAUCAAUUGACAAUGAUUGUUGCUGCUGAUGGUCAACAUCAAGAAUGGUUUUGGAAACGAGAAUUUCCCAAUUCAAUUAAAUGGUUAUUCCCAUUGUCCUAA